AUCGAGCGCUCGUCUCCCUCACAUCUCCCUCGGCCCCCGACACUCGCUUCGCCUUAUACUUUAAUACGCCUGCGCACGCUCUCUGGGCUGCCUAACAGCUCCGAACAGCCGUUCCCAACACUGCUAGAAGCCGAUAUCCUCGACCAUGAUCCAUUAGCUGUCGCAAUCGCUUGCCCGUCUUAGCAGCAAUGUCCGACACCGAUGUCGCUGGCGCCAACGCGGCAGCGCCCGGUGGCGAGGAUUCUCCUGGUGUGUUGGGCAAACAGAGCGCUGUUAAGGACAAGAACUGCCCGUACUGUGGCCAGGCCUUCACCUCUUCUUCCCUUGGCCGUCACCUCGAUCUCUACGUCAAGGAGAAAAAUCCAAAACCCCCGGACGGCAUCCACGAUGUCGAAGCCAUCCGCAAGAUGCGCAGUGGCAUUACCCGCCGCCAACCCCGGGGUUCUCUUGCCCGGAGAGAGUCGUCCAACCAUGUCGUAUCUACACCUCCCUCUUCCGUCAAGAAACCAAGCCCGUCUCGCGAAAGCCACAGUGGUUCAGUUGCUCCAGAUACAUUGCCAACCGCCGCAGCAGGCUCAGACGCACAGCUGGUUGUCGAUAACCAGGCUUUCAAAUACCCCUUUCAGCCAACUUGGGAAGCGACUGGCGUGAUACUCGACAUCCCGGCGCCCACUACUGGACCCGAAAAAACCGCUCAGGUGGAUGAUGCUGCCAGUCAGGGUUCGGCCGCAAGCCGAAGGAUCAACCAGCAGUCUCAGAACCAGUUCCGCAAUAGUUCUGGCCGGGCAGCACAAAAGGCCCAGCUCGAGGCAAGACAUAGGCUGGCAGAUGCCAUGGACACGGCUCGAGCGGCUGAGCUUGCGUUGAGAGAGCUUCUGAGUUCUCUGAGAGCUGCCAAGCAGCACAUAGAUAUGUACUCGCAGCCUUUCGAUUUCGAUCCUCUGUCUCUCGACUUCCCGGCUCUGACCUUGCAAUGCCUCUGCGCACCACCGACCCUGUUCUCGUCAAUUCCGCACUCUACCUCCUCUUCUUGGUCAAUCGAACCACCAUCUGAGAAACAGUAUGAGGCUCUCAAAGUCUACUUCCAUGAACACUUUCAGAAAUGGAAAUCCACAUGUGCGACGGCUACAACUGCUGUGGCUGAAGACUUUAGCUACCCAAUGCCCCAAUCCUUAGCCUCCCAGGAUCUUCGUGAAAGUAUUAGAAGUGCAGAAGCGGCCGCGACCCUCUUGGAAAAGCAAAUUGACGAGCAUUUGCAGUCAACGUUUCAAGUCUGGGAGUCACUCACACUCGACAGAAGAAAGGAGCUGUGGAUUGUGGAGCUGGCAAGGGGCAUCGGAAGGCGACAAAAGGAGGUCGACAUGUUGAAGCAGCAGAGGCAUGAACUGAAGCAAGAAAACGCAAAUCUGAAGACUCAGAUCGAGCAUCUCAACCGACUGCAGCAGCCGCGAGAAUUCCGUCUCGUACCACCUGCUACAAUACCGAUUGAGGAGUCGAUUCUCUCUUAUCUGUUUGGAAAUGCUGCUUCGAUUGCACGAAAGACUAUAGGCCUUGCCUUGGACGACCGCCACUUGGAUCUAAAUGCCGUCGUCGCCAUCGCCAUCGAGCGCUGGAAGUCGGCAAUCGUGUCAUCAAGAGCUCAGGGUAUGGCAGGUCAAAAGCCACUGGACCAGAUGACCUCACUUCCUACGCCGACGAGCGCCACGGCGCCAUCCACGGGGCGACCUGCUGCGCAGUCAGCAAAAGCUCCCUCUCAUGUGGCCACCUCGAAAGCCCUCCAGAAGCAAGUGCAGCAAAACCAGCACCAGCAAGAGCGAGAAAAGCAGCAGCAAGAUCAAAUCAACCCCGAACCGAUUGUGACUGUCGAUGCGGCAAAUGGUGAGCCAUCAAAAGCAACGCCUUCAACGGCGGCAUCGCCGGCACAAGAGCAAAUUGCCACGCCGCUCGAGAACGGGAACAGCAACAAUGACAGUGACGAAGACGCAGAUGCAGAUAUGGAUGAGGAUGAGCCCUUUCAGCCACUGAAUUCGGUGGGCUCAUUGCCUCAGCACCAGGCGCUGGUGCAGCAGCAGCAGCCACAACAGCUUAAUGUUGCUAAGGCGAGAUCAACCUCGCAGACUGCGGUGGCGAGCAAUACUAAUCAUUACAUGUCCAAUGGCACGAGCGUGGAUGUGCAUUCAAUGAACGGGCGCCCUGUCAUCGCCGACAUGGGCGGCGCAUCUGUCGCAUUGCAGCAACAAUCCCAGCAAGCUCUAUAUAACAACUUCGGUGCCGGGGACGGAGCGGAUGGUGAUGCCAUGUAUAUGGACUGACAGCAUACCAAGGAGCUCCAGUUGGGGCUGGCCACAAAAGUUUUCAGCGAAACUGG